UUAUUAUGAUCAUUUAUACAUAGCUCAUCACUAUCAUCAAAAUCAUCAUCAUUAUCAUUAUCAUCAUCAUCAUCAACAUCAUCAAUCCGAAACUAAAAUAUCGCAUACAAACAAAAUGGAUAUAUUACCAAGUGGUCAUUUCUUUAAAGAAUUACAAGCCAUACAUGAUACUGGCUAUCUACCGGCACAUUUAUCAUUGGAAGAUAAAUGGGAACAGACUAUGCUUGAAUUGGAACGAUAUCUAAAGGAUGAACCAAAAUCAUUGUUAUCACAGGCGACGACGGUAACUACCACUAAUAACAAUAACAAUGACAACAACAAAACAAUCAAUGGUACCAACAUAAGAAAUGUUAAAAAUGGAUCAUUAUCAUCAAAUUAUCAUUCAUCAUCAUCAUCAUUGAAUGAUUAUGGCAAUAUUAUUGUGCCAACAUCACUUUGGGAUAAUGUCCUAAGUAAUACAUCAUCAACAUCAUCAUCACCAUCACCAUCGAUGAUAAAUAGUGAUACAAUGAUUGCCAUUUCAAAUCUAGAUUCUAUUAUGGCUCAAUCACCUUUAAUUAUUGCCAAUGAUAAUAAAAAACAGAAUCAGAAUUUUCAUGUAAAACCAACAAUGAUGAUUAGUUCAUCUACAUUAGUUACAUCCGAUGCUGAAAGCAAUAAAUCUUUAGAUAUUGAUGAUGAAAAAUCAUCCAAUUCAUCUGGUUCAUUUGGUUGUUCAUCAUCAUCAUUAUCAUCCUCACCAACACCGCCUGCAAUGAUCAAUACAAACCAACAACAACAACAACAAUCAAUACAUUUCAAUGUCAUUGAAUCAAAGGUGAAAGAGCUAUUUUCAAUAAUACCGGCCAAUAACGGAAAUGUUGUUCCGUAUCAUUUAAAUCAUCAUUCAUCUUCAUCGUCUUCGGCUUCCUAUAUGACGCCUUCAUCAUCAUCAUCAUUAUCGUCAUCAUCAUCAUCGAAUGGUGAUUGGCCAAUGGAUGAAACGACCAAUGAACAAUCCGGUGGAAUCAUUUAUGAUAAUCAAUUUAUUAAACAAACAGUCAAACAACAAACCACUUCGAAUGAUGAUGAUAUUAAUAAUAAUAAUAUGUGUUCUAAACCUUCGCAAUCUUUAUCUGGUCAUCAUACAGAAAUGUUUGCAAUCAAAUGUAGUCAAACGUCAACAAAAUCUUCGGAUAUGCAGCCAUCAUUGAAUGUUUUAGGACAACAUUUGACGAAUAUUCAUCCGGUCAUUUAUAAUAAUGGAAAUAAUGAAAUAAAAUCGGAUGGCUGCCAUCAAACGAAUAUUAUUGCAAAAGUUACCCCUAAUGGAACAACGAUAGCAACUACUUCAUCGAUUAUGAUGAAUGAUGCCACAGCAACAACUACAGCUGUUCGUUUGGUUGGUUUAAAUACACAGCCACAACAAUCACCCGCAAACAAUAUUACCCUCGGUCAUCAAACAAAAUUACGUUCACCUAGUCUCGAUGAAUUACUGUCCAUGUCUUCACCGAUUCGUAAUGGACAAUCGACAAUGUUGACAAAUGUUCAUCAACAAAAAUGUGGUGUAACACCCACGAUAAUACCAAAUGGUUCCGCUUUAUUUAGUUCAUUGACGCCACCAACAUCACCUGAACGUCAAUAUCAACAAAGAAAACGGACACUUUCAUCUGAUCUCAUUAAUCGUCAACAUCAACAACAAAAAAUAUUGGCCAACACAACGGCAACUACGACGAUACCGAAUAGUAUGUCAUCCAAUAUGAAUGGCUUCCUUACGCACUCGAAUUCGAUAUCGAAUCCCGUAUUAGUACCUAUAUCGACCACUUCGGUCAAUAUUUUACCGAAUAAUAGCGGAAAUGCUAUCAAUACAAUAGCUAUGAAUAAUAAUGCAUUGAUGCCACAAUCGGCUACGAUUGCAAUACAAUUAAAUUCUUCCAUUAUUGAUACUGCCCCUACAACGAUGUUGAUCAAUCAUCAUCCUCUUCAGCAACAACAACAACAACAGCACCAGCAGCCCAAUUCAACAUUAUCAUCAUCUAUGCAAAUAUCGAAACCAACUAAAAAAUCAACAUCACCAACACGAUCAGCGAAUAGUCAAACAGCGGCGAAUCGUUCUCGUAAUAAAUCAAAUUCGGUUUCCUCAUCUUCAUCAUCCUCAUCAUCUUCAUCAUUUUCAUGUUCAUCAUCAUUGUCUUCGUCACCAUCACCACCUUCAUCAUUAUCAUCAUCACCGAAUCGUAUUGUGAUCAAUGGUGAUGUCGCUAUUAUAGGUCCACAAACAACGACCAAUUCAUGUCCGGUAACAUUGAAUAAUUUCACGGAUUCGUUAUCAAAUACAAUAACAACAACAACAUCAGCAUCAUCAUCAUCAUCAUCAACGACAACAACGGUGACAGGUGCGAAUACAAUAUCGAGUACGAUAAUUUCAGCCGAUGGUAAACGUCGUAUUCAUAAGUGCCUAUUUAAUGGCUGUAAAAAAGUCUACACAAAAUCAUCACAUCUGAAAGCACAUCAACGAACACAUACAGGUGAAAAGCCAUAUCAAUGUACAUGGCAAGGUUGUGAAUGGCGAUUUGCUCGUUCAGAUGAAUUGACCAGACAUUUUCGUAAACAUACCGGAAGUAAACCAUUUAAAUGUAAACAUUGUGAACGAUGUUUUUCUCGUUCCGAUCAUCUAGCCUUGCAUAUGAAACGACAUCAAACAACAACAAUAAAUUCUAAUAAUAAUGCUGCAACAACAACAAAUGCAAUUUUAUCCAACUCCAAUAAUGGCAUUCAAACAAGAGCCACAAUUGUUUCAAAUUAAUUUGUAAUAAAAUCAAAUAUUAUAAUACCC